AACUAUAAUAGGACUUUCAUGUAUACUGUAAUUAUAUUUGACAUUUGUGUCACUGCCAUGACGGAAGUCACCUUUCCGAUUUUGGCAUUAGAAGAUUCCGUGCUACGUUUAAAGAUCACAGAAUGUAUAACGUACUGGUAGUUGUUAUAGUUCUUCUAGACAACUUUGCAAGUGGAAAUAGAGAAGUUGUUGGUAGGGGCUACAAUAUAGUAUUAGGAAAUCCGGAUGGAGUUAAUCCGUUGUCAGGAGGGUCUGAUCCAGGAAUACUUGAAAAAAAGAUACUGGAGACUGAGGGAGAGCUCGAUUCCCAAGCUGUCAUUUCCGACCUGGCAGACAGUUGUAAAAUGUCAGAGUCAGUAGAAUGGUAUCAUGAUAGGAAGUCAUACCAAACUAAACUUCAGCAUUCUAUUGAGACUUCAGGAACUGGUAAUUUUGCUCUUAAAAGAUUUGCCUUCGUUGGAAGCACACACUAUCGUUACCUUUCUCAGCACACAUUCGCUGAAUAUAAUGUUGUACAGGAAAGAGCGGAGACUUGCAGCUACGGUAAAGAACGCUAUGCUAUGGAUGUUGUUGACUGUAAACAUUUUACUGUAGGAGACCCGUUUGCAGCAGCUGUGUGCGACCUUAGUCCUACUUAUAAAAAGAAUGAAUACAUAGAUUUCUUAAACACAUGGGGAACGCAUGUCAUAAUAGAAGCAGAAAUGGGAACCAAAACUAUCAAACGGUCACAGGUCAAGGACGUUGAUUUGUUUGUAUACCUACUGGACAAGGUUCCAGAAUCAAUCAUGGAAAAAGACUAUACAAGGGUGGUUAAAUUUGACGUUUUUGCAAGCAGUCCCCAUUAUAAAACCAGCUUUGGAAAUGAAACAGACACACUUAUUGUUGGCACGAAGGACGAACCAGAACCUAUCGGAUUACGAAUGAUGAGUAUCGAUACUAUAUUCCAGAAUAAGUUUUGGAGCAACAUGGAUAACCUGAUCCUAAGAAAUAUCUGCAGUGAAAAUACUAGCAUCGAUGAUGUACUAUCAAAAAGAUCAUUUAUAAUUCAAGCGCAAAACGAUCUGGUGAGCGGCAUGAUGGCUCCGUUAAAAAGUAAUUUAGCAGUUAACUCAGAAUGGCCGAGAGGAACGUAUGGUUUUGUACAGGUUAAGAAAGACAAUUCCGGGAUCUGUCCUAGAGGAGUCAGCAGAGAAGGAUAUGUGCAAUGGGCUACUGAAAACAGGGACUCAAAAAACAAGUUUUCGGAUCAGAAUCAUUUUUCAGGUUAUGAAAGUCGUCUGCUGCUAAAAUUCUGUGGUAGAUACGAUGUAUCACCUACAAGGUAUGAGCUGGAGUGGCCACGUGGUAACUAUUGUCUUUUCAAACAAGGAGAAUGUCCAUCAGGGUUUAGUGAAGGUUCUGUGGCUUUGGCUUUAGUCCCCACUCGUGAGUCAUUCACCGGUUCCUACUACCCUGAUGGGAUAUAUCAUUCUCCAGAUGUAACAUUGUUCUUCUGCUGCAGAAAUGACAGUGACGUAAACCAGUCAAUUUUCCUUCCAAGAGACAGACCUUUUUAUUUACUACGUAACGACGGCUCCACGGGAUGCCAACAAGUUUCCGGUAUGACGUCACAAAAAGAGUACAUAACUUGGGACACAAAUAAUUUGGUGAAACCGUAUACCAGUAGUAACCAGUAUUUGAAAGGUGCACACCCUAAAGUAGACCAGACAGAUGAUAGGGAUAUUACAAUGCACUUUUGUUAUUAUUUUGUGUAACCAUUUGAACAGAGGCAUUUUGAAAUUGUAGAAUUUUGAAAUAUAUUAGACUUAGCAGUAGUUUUUUUUUGUUGUGGUAGUGCUUAACUGAAAUUUGGGACACGAUUCCUGUAUUUAUAAUUAUAUAAAUACAUUACCUGUAUGUUUCAUUAUAAUACACAAUGUUGAUUGGCUAACAGUUAUCUCGCAUUAUUCUUAAAUUAACUUUCAUUUCAAAAUGAAAAUUAACAUCCAUGAAGACACGAGCGUUAAAAUAAAAUGCACAGGUAAAUAAAAUGAGACUUUAAAGAAAUCGUGAAUUUCAUAUAUAAUGAAUUCACCAUAGAUACAAGGAUUAAAAUUUUAUAUUUACGCCAGACCCGCGUUUCAACUUGUAUACACCAACUAUUCAAAAUACUAUGAUUGCCGCUUUACGUUCUAAAGAGAUCAUUGAACCGUCUUAUACCUUCGAUUAUUAUUGUUUUAGAAAAAAAAUCAUCUAUAUUGGUAUAGUGAGGUUACUCAGAUGUAAUUUUGGCUGUUUUAAUGUUUAAUGCAACCAGUGCCUCUUCAGGCUAUGCUACCAUUAGGUGAAGACCAGCAACAAUGUGCAAUACAAUUAGUCAGAUUUGUCAUCUUUUACUAUGGUGGUGCAGUUUUGUGAAAUUCUAUCAUACAUGUUUGAGGUCUCUCUACUCGAACCGUUACAAUAUAACCCUCAAUCCUUCAAACUUAUAAAGUCAUAUUACAUCUAUCUUAAAGUCGUGAUUACAAUUAUAUGGGCGGAUAUAUUUCUUAUAUCCUUCAGUCGUGAUAAGCCCUUUGUGGGGUCAAAUAACCUCUAAUCGUAGUUGUGAUGACAAUUGAAAUAGGCGGCCAUAUUGCUUCUAUCCUAAAGUCGUUAUCAACACUUUGUGAGUAGAGUAAGAACCUGUACAUUAAAGUCGUGAUGAUAAAUCAAAUGAGCGGAUUUAUUGCUUCUAUCAUACCGUUAUUAGUAACAUGUCAUGUGUGGACAGAGAACCAAUACAUUGUAGUUGUGUUCCAAAUUAAAUGGUCGAACAUAUUAAUUACAGUCAUGAUAAACCUUUUUAACUGGAAAGAGAACCUUGAUCUUGUAGUCAUGAUCUGAAUUAUGUGGGUUGAUAUAAUGCUUCUACCUUGUAUUCGUUAUAAGAAUCUGGUGUACAUGUAUUUCAAUGCGAUCAUAUUUUAUAUAUCUAUUCAAAUAAAGAUUUCUUUUCUGUGUUA